AUGGAGCCAAACGGAGCGCGGCCCGCCAUGGACACCUUACCGGAUGCUCCGACUCCAGCCAAGCAAUCGGUCCGGUCUUUCAAGAAAAAAUACGCCAAGCUCAAGGUCAAAUUUGAGCUAGGAACUCGCGAGAAUGAAAACUUGAUCAAGGAAGAGCUGCGCAUUGAGGAUCUGUCCAAACGCAUUCAGGAACAAAACGAUCAACUGCUAGAGGUCCUCCUUGAGUUCAAUGAAAGCCUUCAUAUUCCACCCGAUGUGCGGUUUGAUUUGAGCAUGCCAAACGACCCUCCCUUGCUACCGACCCCCGAGCAGGCAAUCGCGCCUUUGGUCAAUGAUGCGACACUGGCAAAGACAGCGUGGAAGGAAGCCAAGGCUGCUUUGGCCGAGGGCAGGAUCAAUGCGGAUGCUUACCGUAGCGUUGAAGAGAGCAUCAAGCGGAACAAAGCCUUUGCUCCCGCCAAUCACUACAGCUCUUUGUCUCAGUCCCAUCACCCCAGUCUAGACGUACUAAAGGCUGGAAACGACGACACCGAUCGCAAACUCGGUUACUUUGCCCCCGAUCAUGAGACUGAGUACUACCUGGCCCUGGAUGCGAAGCUUGGAGACGAGGCAGCCGCCCAGCAGCUCGCGCGUAUCCCGGAUCGUCCCACACUUGCAGAGCGCGAGCGCGACGCCUCCAUUCGGAAUCCCGCGUCGGUCUACAAUUGGCUACGACGCAAUCAACCGCAGACUCUGCAGGAUAACGAGGCCGCUUCGGAAAAAUCUGCGUCGCGUCCUUCCAACCAGCGCGCUUCCAAGCGAGCACCAGCUCAACGCAAAGACGAGGACAUGUAUGAUGAAGAUGGGAUGGAUGCACCUACUCCCAAGAACAAGCGCAAGCGUGACGAGGACACGGGAUACAGACCAAAAGGUGGCAGCAGCCGGUCCAAAAGAAGAAGGAUGAGCCCACUUCGACUCCUAACAAGGCUGUCAAGAAACCCUGACGAGGAUGUUGGUCCCUACGCUGACUCGGACGACUCCAUGUCAGUGGACUCAGAUGAAGACGUUGAAAUGGGCGGCGUCUCUCUGUCUCACAAGCGAUCCCGUCUACAAGGGGACUCGAAAAUCGGCACAGGAAUUGUCACACCAGGAGAAGUGGUCACAGAUGAUCCGCAAUGGAUGAGAGGUCACGGCACCUUUAUGAACCCGCUCUCAACAUCCAUCAUCGCCACUGUUGCCGGUACAGUUCAAAAAACGAAUAAGCUACUCUCUGUACAGCCCAUGCGCGCCCGCUACACCCCCGAGAUUGGAGACUUGGUCGUUGGUCGCAUUGUGGAAGUGCAAUCGCGGCGGUGGAAGGUCGAUAUCGCCGCGCCACUACUCGCUCAACUCCCUCUUUCCGCGAUUAACUUGCCCGGUGGAAUUCUGCGCCGACGAACGACCGCCGAUGAACUUCAGAUCCGCACAUUCUUCAGCGAGGGCGACCUUGUGAUGGCCGAGGUGCAGAGCGUGCACCAGGAUGGUUCAGCGUCACUACAUACCAGAUCUGUGAAGUACGGAAAGCUGCGCAAUGGUGUUUUCCUUGCCGUGACAGGAACCGGAGGCAGUGGAGCAUCCAGCUCCAGUGUGAAGGGUGGUCAUGGAGCUGGGCCUGCCGCAGGUAGCGCCCUUAGUGCACCUGGAGGCUCUGCUACCGGUGGUGUGGUGCGGUCACGGCGACAGAUGUUCACCAUCACCUGUUCCAACGGUGGCGGCGAAGUGGACAUUAUCCUUGGUGUGAACGGUUACAUUUACAUCUACAAGCAUGUUGAAGGUACGGAUGCUGCAUCUUCGACCACAGAUAGUGUCACUAUCACUCGCAUGGAGGAGAUGGUCUCGAGCUCGAUCUACUCUAGCCAGAACGACGAUAUCCCACCACAGACCCGCCGCGAGAUUGCGCGGUUGACACAGUGCAUUCGGGUUUUGGUACAGAACAGUGUUCGUGUGGACGAAGACACUGUCAAAAGUGCCUACGAAGCUAGUCAGCAGGUGGAUCUGGAGGUUGGGGAUGAUGAGGAUGAGGAGGAUGAGUGGCGCCACGAAGGUCGCGAGUAUCUCGAGGGUGUCAAGGCCCGACGAAUCAUCGAGCUGGUGGUUUCACAACAAUAG